GUGGUGGGGAUUCAGCCCGGGGGACAUCGAACAAAGGUUGGUCGCGUCGAGAGCCGCAUUCACGAUUCAAACAUGGCAGCGGCUACCAGCGUUGUCGUCCUGGACAGGGGCAACAAUACCACCUGCACGAUCAAUCUACACGGUGCGACCGUUGUGUCAUGGCGAGUGAACAAUCAGGAGCAACUCUUCGUUAGUAAGCAGGCUGUAUUCGACGGGAAGAAGGCCAUUAGAGGAGGCAUACCAUUUGUCUUCCCACAAUUUGGACCGUGGACAUUUGGCCCACCCCAUGGAUUUGCCAGGAUCGUUCGUUGGAACGUCGAAAAAUCGCCAGAACGAUUGCCUAGCGGAGACGUCGAAGCAAUAUUCUCGAUAAUGGAUAGCGAAUUUACACGGUCAAUGUGGAACUACUCAUUCAGAUUAACGUACAGGUUAAUUCUACGAGAGAAAGAACUUCACUUCCACAUUGGCGUAUAUAAUCCCAGCAAAGAUCAUACCUUUAGCUUUAAUAUUUUACUACACACCUAUUUCAAAGUUCCAGACGUUAGGAGAUGCCAGAUUACAGGAUUGCACGGAUGCACAUUUAUUGACAAGACAAGGGACAACCAGAUUUUUCAAGAAGGUCGUGACGUGGUGACAGUAUGCGAAUGGACCGAUAGAAUCUAUCAGAAUACGCAGGGUGAGCACAUCAUCACGAACGUAGUUUCCGGAAGGAAGAUGCGCGUACAAAAGUACAAUUUUCCGGAUACGGUAGUUUCGAAUCCUUGGCAAGAGAAGGCUCGUGAUAUACCAGAUUUUGGAGACGAUGAAUUUCCUAACAUGAUAUGCGUCGAGAGUGGACACGUUAGUAGUCCGGUGAUACUUUUACCGGGCAUGACUUUUGAAGCCAGCCAGAUAUUGCAGGUGAUGUGAGUAGAGGGUGGACCAAGUUCUCACGCAAGCAGUGCUACCGGCAAUAGCGGUGCAUUGCUUCCGUCCGUCGUCUCCUCAGCUUCGGGUACGACCGUUUGGUCGAGCACCAAUCCAGGUUGGCGUUACAUGCCACCACCACCACCACCACCACCUCCACCACCACCGCCACCGCCACCACCACCGUCAUCACAGUCAGCAAUCUCUUCCGCGCAUUCAACUCAACAUCAUCUCUCGCAACAGCAACAACAGCAACAGCAACAGCAACAGCAGCAACAA